ACUCCCGCGCUAUCCAGCUGCCGGGUCUCGUCAGGACCGGCUCUGGCUCCGGCAUGGAGAAGGUUUCGGUGGCGACGGGCAGCGCGGGAGCCGCCCGGGCCGAGGGAGCUGCAGCCAUGCCGCCCCCGCUUGCCGUCUCCCCGCCUGCCCUCACCCCGGCACCCGCAGCGGGUGAGGAGGGCCCGCCGCCUUUGCCCGAGGCGGGAGCUCCCGGCUGCUCGGGCUCCCGGCCCCCAGAGUUGGAGCCGGAGCGCAGCCUGGGCCGCAUGAGGGGCCGCUUCGAGGACGAGGACGACGAGUUGGAAGAGGAUGAGGAGCUGGAGGAGGAAGAGGAGGAGGAGGAGGAAGAGAUGAGCCACUUCUCGCUGAGGUUGGAGGGGGGCCGGCCGGACUCCGAGGACGAGGAGGAGCGCCUGAUUAAUCUCUCUGAAUUGACCCCCUACAUCUUGUGUUCCAUUUGCAAAGGUUACUUAAUAGAUGCAACUACCAUUACAGAAUGUCUUCAUACAUUUUGUAAAAGCUGCAUCGUAAGACAUUUUUACUAUAGCAACAGAUGUCCAAAAUGCAACAUAGUAGUACAUCAGACACAACCUCUUUAUAACAUAAGGUUGGACCGACAGUUACAAGACAUAGUGUACAAAUUAGUGAUCAAUCUAGAGGAAAGAGAAAAAAAGCAAAUGCAUGAUUUCUAUAAAGAAAGAGGUCUAGAAGUACCUAAACCUGCUGUUCCACAGCCGGUCCCUUCAAGCAAAGGAAGAUCUAAGAAAGUCUUAGAAUCGGUGUUUCGUAUUCCACCUGAACUUGACAUGUCUGUAUUACUAGAGUUCAUUGGUGCUAAUGAAGGCACGGGACAUUUUAAGCCCUUGGAAAAGAAGUUUGUUCGAGUUUCUGGAGAAGCAACUAUUGGGCAUGUAGAAAAAUUCCUCAGAAGAAAAAUGGGUCUUGAUCCAGCUUGUCAGGUAGAUAUCAUCUGUGGCGAUCACUUGUUGGAGAGGUAUCAGACUCUAAGGGAGAUUCGACGUGCCAUCGGUGACACUGCAAUGCAGGAUGGUCUGCUGGUCCUUCAUUAUGGUCUUGUAGUUUCUCCUCUGAAAAUUACUUGAAGAUUCUAGGAAGAGGGAAAUGAAAUAAGGAGGCUUCUGCAAGAUUGCAUUUCACCAAAGAUUUCCACAAAACAUGUAAUUGCUACCACUUUGUGCUGUUGGAGACAUAACUUCUCUGUUUUCAGCACCUAGAUUCAUAACAUUUAUAAGUACAACUUGGAAUGAUGGAAUGCAUCUGUUUCACUAGAAACUAUACAUAAAAAGCAUCCAUAGCUCAGGGGUAAAUUUUCAAAGCAUUGAAUUUUAAAAUUCCUUGUGAUCUCAAAUACUUUGACAUUGAUUUUGCUUCCUAAUCAUUGAGGUCAAUUGGUUACUAUUUUCUUCUUUGUUGAGCCAUAUCCCUUUCCCGUUGUGGUUAGGAUGCUGCUCUCUGGAAUGGUAUCAGUUGGGCAGUCAUCCUUUUGGAAAAGAAGUAUACUUUUGAACUGAAGAUUCAAAGCCAGGCUUUGUUAAACUACAGAGUGUACCUCUUUGAGAAAGACCCAGACUACUGGCCACUUCUGUAUGUUGCCAUCAUAUUGUGAACGUGUCUGUCUUUUACCAGCAAUACUACUACAGAGAUGAUCUAGACUUCUAAAAGGGAUGAAUCGUCAUUCUGUGUGAAGAGACUGUCUCCUGCAGGGUUUGUGGCCUGGACCAUAAGCCUUCAGUGUAAUAAAGACUGCUUUAACAUAUCUUACAACAAGGGGUGCCUCUUUGAAACAUUAUUUUUAUUAUUGAAUGUUAAUUUGGUUAGCAUUCACUUUGAGUCCUAGUUUGGUUGUCAAUACCUUGUAACACCACUGGUUCUGAAAGUAAUAAAGAAACGAGUGAAUUUGCAAGUUUACAGAAUACUUGCUCACUGUUUCCUCAGUAAGUCAAUUUAAUGUUCGUUUUCCCAUUACUUUGUCACUGGGAUAAAGAAUACGGGUGUUUGAGAGUUCACUCACGUGCAAAGAUUUCAGUUUUAAAUGUUAUUUUGCCUAAGGCUAGCAUUAUGAUACUUUUAAAACAAUAUUUUGUAGACCCUAUUUCUCUGCAAAAUUUCCAAGUCUGCAUAUAGAAACAACUACAAAUGAAUGAGGUUUGGCAAUUGUUUUGUAAAGAAUUUGUGAAUUGUGUACAAAUCUCUUCUAACCUUUAAUAAAAAUUUUAAUAAAAAUUUAUUUUAACCUAU